AUGGCACAUACGGUUAGCGGGUGCUCGCUGGCACUUAUUUUUAUCAUCAUGUUGCUGUUGGUUAAGGCAAAAAUAGAUGUGUGCAAGAGAGGGGAUGUGACUGUGCAGCCUUCCCAUGUCAUUUCAUUAGGAUCCGCUGUCAACAUUUCCUGCUCUGUGAAGCCCAAACAAGGCUGCUUGCCAUCCUCCAGUUCUAGCAAGUUAAUCCUCUACAAGUUCGACAGGAGAAUUUAUUUUGACCAUGGUCACUCCCUCAGUUCUCAAGUCACAGGUCUUCCCCUGGGCACAACCCUGUUUGUCUGCAAGCUGGCCUGCAGCAGCAGUGACGAGAUUCGAAUAUGUGGGGCAGAGAUCUCCGUCGGUGUUGUUCCAGAACAGCCUCGAAACUUAUCUUGUAUACAGAAGGGAGAACGUGGAACUGUGACCUGCGCCUGGGACAGAGGACGAGACACCCACCUGUAUACUGCAUACACUUUACAGUUAAAUGGACCAAAAAAUUUAACUUGGCAAAAGCAAUGUAAUGACCAUUAUUGUGAUCAUUUGGACCUUGAAAUCAACCUAACCCCUGAAUCACUUGAAUCUAGUUACACAGUCAAGGUUACUGCUAUCAAUAGUCUUGGGAGUGCUUCUUCAUUUCCAUCCUCAUUCACACUGUUGGACAUAGUGAGGCCUCUUCCUCCGUGGGACAUCAGAAUCAAAUUCGUAAAUGCUUCCGUGAACAGGUGUACCCUUCUGUGGAGAGAUGAGGGGCUGGUGCUGCUCAAUCGACUCAGAUAUCGGCCCAUUAACAGCAGAUCCUGGAAUAUGGUUAAUGCCACGAAUGCCAAAGGAAGACAUGACUUGCUGGAUCUGAAACCCUUUACAGAAUAUGAAUUUCAGAUUUCCUCUAAGCUACAUCUUUAUAAAGGUAGCUGGAGUGAUUGGAGUGAAUCAUUGCGAACACAAACACCAGAAGAAGAGCCUACCGGAAUGCUCGAUGCCUGGUAUGUGAGGCAGCACGUUGACUACAAUAGACAACAGAUCUCUCUUUUCUGGAAGAAUCUGAGUCUAUUGGAAGCAAGAGGAAAAAUCCUCCACUAUCAAGUGACCUUACAGGAGGUGGCAGGAGGGGAAAUCACACUACAGAACAUCACAGAACACACCUCCUGGACCUGGGUCAUUCCCAGAACUGGGAACUGGGCUGUGGCUGUGUCUGCAGCUAACUCGAAAGGCAGUUCCCUGCCCACUCGUAUUAACAUAACGGAUCUGUGUGGGACGGAGUUGCUGGCUCCUCAACAGGUCUUUGCAAAGUCAGAAGGCAUGGACAAGCUCAUGGUGACGUGGACACCUCCAGAGAAAUCUGCCCCUGCUGUGCAGAAAUACGUGGUGGAGUGGAGGGAGUUCCACCCAGGGGGCGGCAUGCAGCCCCCUCUUGGCUGGUUGUGGAGUACCCCCUACAGCCUGUCUGCUCUGAUUUCAGAAAACAUAAAACCCUACAUCUGUUAUGAAAUCCGUGUGCACGUGCUUGCAGGGGACCAGGGAGGGUGCAACUCCACCCGGGGUAGCUCCGAGCACAAAGCACCACUGAGUGGCCCCCACAUUAAUGCCAUCUCAGAGGAAAAGGGGAGCGUUUUAAUUUCAUGGGACGAAAUUCCAGCCCAGGAGCAAAUGGGCUGCAUCCUCCAUUACAGGAUAUAUUGGAAGGAACGGGACUCCAACUCCCAGCCUCAGCUUUGUGAAAUUCCCUACAGAAUCUCCCCAAAUUCACAUCCCAUAGACAGCCUGCAGCCCAGAGUGACAUAUGUUCUGUGGAUGACAGCUCUGACAGCUGCCGGUGAAAGCCCCCAAGGAAAUGAAAGAGAAUUUUGUCUGCAAGGCAAAGCCAAUUGGAGCGCAUUUGUGGCGCCAAGUAUCUGCACGGCUGUCAUCAUGGUGGGCAUUCUCUCAAUGCGUUGCUUCCGACAAAAGGUAUUUGUUCUCCUUUUGGCCCUCAGACCUCAGUGGUGUAGCAAAGAAAUUCCAGAUCCAGCAAAUAGCACUUGGGCCAAGAAAUAUCCUAUUGUGGAGGAAAAGACACAGCUGGCCUUGGAUAGGCUCCUAAAAGACUGGCCCACUGCUGAAGAACCUGAGCCCCUGGUUAUCAAUGAAGUCCUUUGUCGAGUGACACCAGUCUUCAGACCUCCCCAUCACCCCAGCUGGUCAGAAAAGGGACAAGGAGUCCAAGGUCACUAUACCUCUGAGGAAGACACAGGGUACAUUGCCUCAAGCCCACCACCUCCGAGAGCUCUCACAGCAGAGACAGGACAAGGGGUGGAUCUAUACAAGGUUCUGGGGAGCAAGGGUCCUGACUCAAAGCUGGGAAACCCAGCCAGCCCCUUGACCGUCCUCCCAGUGGACUACCUUCCUACCCAUGAGGGCUACUUACCCUCCAACAUGAAUUAUCUCCCUUCACACGAGGCUCCCAUAACUGAUCCUCUGGAAGAACUGCCUCAGCACAUCUCUCUUUCCAUUUUCCCCUCAAGUUCCCUUAGCCCACUCACCUUCUCCUGUGGUGAGAAGUUGACUCUGGACCAGUUAAAAAUGGGGUGUGGCUCCCUCAUGCUCUGA